AAAAAAUAAGUUACUGUCAGACACUGUAUUUCUUGUUUUAAUUAAAUAUUUUAUCAGUUUUCGUUUCAGUUAACUCUAAUUAAAAUUAUUUAUCUCAUUAAAACGCCUAAUUAUAGACAAGAAAUUAUAUAACUUAUCAUAAUGACAUCGGCAUCGUCGAGUAGUGCUCGCUCGCUGUUCGCCGAAUCGAAACAACGUCUCGCCGAGCGAGUACAAGUAAAUAUGAAUAAUAUUUCAUCUCUAGCACGGCAAAUACAAAGAGGAUCUAAAUCAAACGAGCUCCUGACCAAAGCAGCAAGGGAGUUUGCAGGAACAGAGAACUUGAUGGAGAGCAGCGAAGAGAACCUCAAAAAGAUGCAUUUGAUAUCUGUACACAUGGGCUAUCAGUUUGAAAACAUACAGAAAUCGGCCCAAAUGUUAACAGAGAUUAAUGAAAAAGUUGCCUCUAUGCAGAGAUGAUGUGUCAUUUGAGAUAAAUUUAUGUAUUUACUAUGAAUAUAGAAUUGUUAUUCUAUUAUGAAAGUGUAGCUGUGUCUCUUGUUAAUUGCCACAUGUAAACUACAAAUAAUAUAACUAUAUAUGUUAUGAUGUGGUCAUGCACAACAAAAUGUCCAGACAUGUGGUGGAACCGAGUAGCUAGAUGCAUUGGUAAUUAAUAAACUUUGAAACAUACUUGACUUUGUGGAGAGAUUUACUGUCAGGUGCACCAUCUUCAUCAUCAUCACCAAUCAUGUUUGUUAUCAUUUAAAUUUAAUUAGACAGAAAUUAUAUAUAUAGGAUAGGGGUCAUAUAAGUAACUAAAACUGUGUAGUUUAAGUUAGUUUUGUCUACAAAAACAUUAUUAUUCAUAAACAAUUAUGUAAUAAGCUUUUUGCAAAGAAAUAAAUAAGUGGUAAAAUAAUAAAUGUGGCUAUUGAAGUGUUUGAAAUUAAGUUUACUUGAAUAAAUAUAAUUUCUGUCUUAUUAAAUUUAAAUGAUAAUAUUUGUGGAUAUUAGGAAGUACAAUGAUUUUAUUAAUGUUCCUUUG